AUGAUUAGAUACUGUUCUAAUCAGGACAUCCUUCUUCACAGUGGGAAACAUGCUUCGGCUUUUGUUGAUACUCCUCUACAGGUUCUUGGUAUUCCUAAUCAGUCAGAGAAAGAUGAGAUUGUUAAGUCAGUUAUGCAUCUGAAAAAUGCUGAGAUUGAAGAAGGGUACACCAUGGAUGCCGUUGUAUCUCGCCAGAAUCUCUUGAUGGAUGUGAGGGAUAAGCUUCUUUUUGAACCUGAAUAUGCUGGUAAUAUAAAGGACAAGGUCCUGCCUAAAUCCUCUCUCCGAAUUCCUUGGACUUGGUUGCCUGGUGCUCUUUGCCUUCUCCAGGAGGUUCUUGGUAUUCCUAAUCAGUCAGAGAAAGAUGAGAUUGUUAAGUCAGUUAUGCAUCUGAAAAAUGCUGAGAUUGAAGAAGGGUACACCAUGGAUGCCGUUGUAUCUCGCCAGAAUCUCUUGAUGGAUGUGAGGGAUAAGCUUCUUUUUGAACCUGAAUAUGCUGGUAAUAUAAAGGACAAGGUCCUGCCUAAAUCCUCUCUCCGAAUUCCUUGGACUUGGUUGCCUGGUGCUCUUUGCCUUCUCCAGGAGGUCGGGGAAGAGAAGCUUGUUCUAGAUAUUGGCCGAAGAGCCCUACAGAAUCCAGAUGCUAAGGCUUACAUACAUGAUUUGCUUCUGUCCAUGGCACUGGCAGAGUGUGCAAUUGCUAAACUUGGUUUCGAGAAGAACAAUAUUUCCCAAGGAUUUGAAGCUCUUGCGCGUGCUCAGUGUCUUCUUAGGAGCAAAAUAUCACUUGGGAAGAUGACGUUGUUAUCUCAGAUUGAAGAAUCUUUGGAAGAGCUUGCGCCUGCCUGCACAUUGGAGUUAUUAGGCAUGCCUCACACACCUGAAAAUGCUGAAAGAAGACUAGGAGCCAUUGCAGCCUUGCGUGAAUUGCUCAGACAGGGUCUUGAUGUUGAAACUUCAUGCCAAGUCCAAGAUUGGCCUUGCUUCUUGAAUCAAGCGCUCAAGAAGCUCAUGGCUAUGGAGAUGGUUGAACUUCUUCCUUGGGAUAAUUUGGCGAUGACACGGAAGAAUAAAAAAUCACUAGAGUCGCAGAAUCAAAGAGUUGUCAUAGAUUUUAAUUGUUUCUAUGUAGUGCUGAUAGCUCAUAUUGCCCUUGGAUUUUCGAGCAAGCAAACAGACUUGGUAAUGCUCUUUCGAAUUCUGGAUUUAAACCCUUGA